CAGGUAUUUCAUUAAAAAUCUCCUUGGUCACUGUAGCCUCUGUAAACACAGGAAAUUCCUGUCUGGACAUUUCAAUUUUACCCAGGAGUGCUUUGCAAAGCCGUGUGCUUGUGAGAGAGAGAGAGAGAGAGAGAGCAGACAAGAUGUCCAAUGUUAACCUUGUGUCACAGGCUGCCUUGAUAACAGCUGUUCAGGCUCAUCAGGAAUUGUGGGAUGUGUCCCAUGAUCUGCAUGGUGAUCAUAUAAGAAAUGUCACUUUGUGGGAAGGCAUCUGUGCAGAAAUAUACCCCGGCUGGGAAGACACAGAAGGAGAUGCCAGUGAAAGGAAAGAUAUCAUAAAGAAAUUACAAAAGAGAUGGAAGUCCCUGCGUGAUCGCGUCCGCAGGGACCUGACUGAGGAGGAUAAAGCUUGCAAAAGUGGAGCACCUGCCAAAAAAAAAAAAAAAACAUGUUUACUACAGAGAACUCGGGUUCCUACGCGAAAAUAUGCAAAACAGCAGCAGACCCACAACCUCCAAUGUAUCCCCUGUGCCUGCAGCAAGUUCCAACACACAACCCAGCAGUCCCAUCAGUCCAACACAUGAAAACCCACAAUCACCAAAUGCGGAUGCACCAGAAUGUCUAGAGGAGGAAUCGUUCCCAACGGAAGUAGAACCUGCCAGUCGGGUGGCUACAGAAGCAAGGGGUCGGGGUGGUCUCCGUGGCCGUGGCCGUGGUCGUGGACGUCAGCCGAGGGGCGGCUCUGAUGACCCGUUGUUAUCUCUGCUGCAGCAAGUGCGGGAGGAGAGGCGCAGUGUGGAUGCUUUUCUCGAUCCCAGCAAUCCACGCAGCACAUUUUGCAGAAGUCUCUACCCUAUCCUGGACGACAUUGGGGGAGACCAGGAGAAGACUUGCAUGAGCUUCAUUUACACGGUGGCAAAUGAAUUCCGUGAAGCAAAAUUAAGUGGUGGCCCCACACCAAAAUUCAAAUUAAUAAAUCUUAAUGCUCCACCAACGGCCCCUGCCACCUCAGCAGUCCAACAAUCCCCCUAUUAUCCCAUUCCUCCCAUUCCCGCCCGACCUACAACUUCUUAUUCGCAAAUGAUGUCCCAACCCUAUGAAGAUUUCACCCCAGCCACCUCCUCCCAUUUCCCUUCCCCGUACUCUGCACCCCGCUACCACCAUGAAUCGUGGAAUGAGCGCCAGCCCCAAUCUCGUCCCAAAUCCCCACAUGCCCAUGGAGAUCAAGUCUCCACCCCCACGUAUCACCAGCUUGGUUAAUUUUUUUUUUUUUUUUAUAAUAAAUAUUUCUUUCUUCUGU